AUGUUUCUUGAACCAGAAGAUGAGUUUCAACAACCAGAAUAUCUUCAACAGCAAAAGAAUAUCUUAAUAUUAGAAAUAAAUCAGCUUAAAUCAGAAAUACAACCCUUAUCAAACAAAUAUAAUCAACUUUUAGAAGAAAUGAAUAAAAACAACACAUCAGAUAGUGAUCAGAAAUCGUCAGAGUUUAGUCAGGAGAACUAUAUUUCAUCACAGCUCAAAGAACUUCACCAAGAAAACGAUAUUCUCAUCGAAGACUUGGCAAAACUUAGGCGAAAUUAUUCAACACAAAUGGAGAAGAGCUUAAAUUCCGAUAUAUUAUACCAAAAACAAUGUCUUGAACAAUUACAAAUCGAGACCAAUCAAUGUACUUCUUUAAAUGAUAAAAUUCGUGCACAACUUGACGAGAUACUCAAGGCUGACUACACAUAUCUGAUCCAAGAACAUAAAAAGAGUAUAGAUUUAUUAAAAUCACAAUUAUCAACUCUUCAAGCCGACGAAUCCAAGAUGAUUCAAUCAUAUAUGGAAAUUACUAAUGAUAUGUCAGUUAUUACUGAAAUGGAACGUACAGUUUCCCAAAAAAGAUCUCAAUUAAAGAAUCUUGAGCAUCAAAAGAUGCGAAUUAACUUGGAAUUGAGAAGAGUCAAGAAGGACUAUGAAUUUCAAGUGAUGAGACUUGAAAAUGAAAUAGCAGAAAAAGAAAAUUCGAUUAGAAAUAAAUUGUCAAGAGAUAAUUGGAGAAAGUCUAUGUCAUCGUAUUCCAAGUCAAAGUCAUCAUCUAAUUCUUCUAAAAUGGAGUUAAAUUCAACUCAAGAAAAUAAUUCUCAGUCAAAUAUCAAAGUUGAAGAGCCACAAUCACCUCUUCUCCAAUCUCCAAGGGUCAAAUUCCACGAAUCAACCGUUGGACAUGGAAUUCCGUUGGAUUAUGCAAUAGCAAAUUCAAUUAUUCGACCUGAAAUAGUAGACGAUGAUAAAAUAGUGUUUAAUAAUACAGAUAAUGUAGAUGAGGAUGAUCUGCUUGAUCUUGAACCUCUUAUUCCUUCAAUGAUAAAGAAAUAA